AUAACUAAAAUCAAAAUUGUCAUUAUAUAAUGAAUUAGCUAUUUAUUAGCUGAAUACAGUUAAAAAGUUUAUUUUAUAUUAUUUUUAAAUAAAAUAUUUUUGUUGUUUUCAAAUGAUAUAAUACUGUAAUAUUAUGGGAAUUUUGGGAAAAUUAAUUGCUUUGGCUAUUUUAACGGCAAUAACUGCUAUUGUUUUCCAAUUAUUUAUAAAAAGUGAUAAAUUAGAUUUACUUCAAACAGAGCCCAAAUGGUUUGGCAAAAAUAAACUUAAAUCUGGCGAACCAUUACCUAAAGAUCCCGAUACUAUCAACAAGUUUACAGUCAACAUAUCGGAUGAAGUACUCAGUGAACUUAAACAACGUCUCCGAUCGACCCGUUUUGUGAAACCACUGCCAGACAGUCAAUUCAAUUAUGGCUUUAAUGGUGAUUAUCUUAAACAAGUGGUCGACUAUUGGCUAACAAAGUUUGAUUGGCGUAAACAGGAAAAGGAGUUAAACAAAUACAAUCACUUUAAAACAAAGAUCAGUGGUAUUGAUAUACACUUUAUUCACAUAAAACCAACGAAACCGGCAAAAACUAUCGUUCCCUUAAUGUUAAUUCAUGGAUGGCCUGGAUCAAUUUGGGAGUUUUACAAAACAAUUCCACUAUUGACUGAACCGACAGCAGAUGGUCUGGCAUUUGAAGUAAUCUGUCCAUCGAUUCCCGGUUAUGGCUUUUCAGAGGCACCGAAUCAGUCGGGUCUCGAUAGUAUACAAACGGCACAUAUUUUUAUUAAACUUAUGAAAAAAUUAAAUCACAAUAAUUUUGUUGUGAAUGGCGGUGAUUGGGGCAGUUUUGUGGCCAGAUCUAUGGCCAAACUGUAUCCACAAAAUAUACGUGGAUUACAUUUAAAUCUAAACUCAUGUAUGAUUCCAAAAGGGAUACAUUUUGUCAAAUAUUUGACUGCAAUGUGGUUUCCGAAACUAGUGUUUGAAAAUCCCGAUCGGGAUUACCCGAGAAUAUUUCCGCUUAAAAAGCGAUUCCAGUUUUUGAUGAGAGAAUCGGGCUAUUUUCAUAUACAGGCCACCAAACCGGACACCGUUUCUGCCGCACUGGCCGAUAGUCCUGCGGGUUUAGCCGCGUAUUUGUUGGAAAAGUCUGCAAUGGCCUCCAAUGCUCAGAAUAUAGACAAAUGGGACGGUGGACUUACAGAUGGCUAUACAUUAGAUGAAUGGUUGACUGGUGUUAUGCUUUACUGGGUGUCCGACAAUGUGGCCGCAACUUUUCGGUUUUAUAAGGAAAACGUAGAAUCAGUAUUUGGAUACAAUUGGGAUGAACAACCUAUUGAUGCCACUGUACCAGUAGGUGUGGCCAACUUUCCUAACGAGAUAUCCCAUUGUCCUAAAGAGUUGGUCGGCUAUAAGAUUCUCAAUUUAGUACACUUUACCGAACAGCCCCGUGGCGGCCAUUUUGCGGCCUUUGAAGAACCGAAACUUUUUGCUGACGAUAUCAAGUUAUUUGCGAAAAAUGUUUUAGACAUUGAAAAACAGUCAACAAAACAACAAAAAUAGUUUUACAAAUAAUUAUAUUGUUAUGUAAUGUGAUAUUAAUUUAUCAAUGUCUAAAAUGCUCAUUAUUGUUAUAAUUAAUUUGAUGGAUAAUAUUUUAUGUGACAAACUUUUA